AUGUCUACGGGAAAUCCAUUUGGAUUGUCUGAAAUUUCUCACUAUGGCACGAUGCGAAAUGUCGGCGGAAAGGCCGGCGGAUUCAUCAACAAGAAGUUCUUUCACCCCUCAUCCAUUCGCAAUCAGGAGAGACUUUGGAAGGCAAUUACAGCUGAUGCGGUGGAGCAGCGGAAGCAGGACGACUUGGAAAAGGCCAGGGAAGAAGAACGCAAGGUCGAAGCCUUGAGGAAGGAGAUGUAUCUGACUGGCCAGUGCAACAAGGAGAUGUUUGUAACAGCCUCUUCGGAUGCAGCGGAGCGGGGAACGCCCGAGCAAAUGAAGGCAUUCAAAGAGCUGAAGCGGAGGAAGGAGCUUCUGAAGGAACGAGCUCGCAAGCCAGAGUCGGAGGCGGAAGAGCAGGCUGGGGCUGUGAAGGUGUCUUUUUCGAUCCGUCCCCCGUUCUUGUGGUGUGGUAGAACCUGUCACGCAAUACAGCUCUGUGGAGCUUGCGAAAGUUGUCGUUUACCAACUCACCUCAGUAGCGACUCAGGUCAAAAUCCCGUUUAUAAGCCACGGCCCCCUCACCUGUUCAUGCUUUUUUGCAGUGCAGGCAUGUCUGCUAAGAUCGGUACUAGUUUUAGCCAGCUUUCUGCUUCUUUUGCAAGCGAAAUUGAAAACAACUGUCAGCAUUUAGCAAAGACAGUAGGUGGCCUCGAUUACUUUGAGCACAGCACUGACAAUGUGUCCUUGACCCACUAG